UUAUUUUUUUUUUGUGCUUUCUUAUUUGGAGGAGGUUGGAGGAGCUUGUCAAUGGCUCACAUGGGUGAAAGACAAGCCGCAGGCCGCUCCAGAUCCAGGAGUGCUGCUUUCACCCAGACGGCUGGUCAGGAGGAGGGGAGACGUGGCUCUGGUGAUCGUGAUCAGAAACCGCUGUCCAACCCAAACCAGCCCCUGAGCCAAGAACUACCAGGAUUUAUAGCACCUCUACCUUCUGAUUUGGCUGUUUCUGUUUCCACAGAUCAGCCAAACAAGAAGAGGAAGUGGCAGAGUGGCAGCCAGGAGGAUGAACGUCCGUCCACCUCACAUGGAAGACCUGCCAAACGCUCCCGCAGAGAAGCGUAUGCAAAGGGCCCAUUGUUGGGACAAGGUGGAUUUGGCUCUGUGUACGCUGGGAUCCGCAGGUCUGACGGACUGCCAGUCGCCAUCAAGUAUGUUUCUAAAAGCAGGACGCCCGAGACGCUGAAAGUUGAAGGCCAUGGUCGGCUGCCGCUGGAGGUGGCAUUGAUGACCAUGGUCAAUUCAGCUCCUGCCUGCCCCAACAUCCUGCAGCUGGUGGAGUGGUUUGACCGUCGUAGACGCUACAUUAUGAUCCUGGAGCGUCCAGUUCCUUGCCAAGAUCUCCAGAGUUUCUGUGAGGAGAACGGAUCUCUGGAUGAGAGUCUGGCUAAGAAGGUCCUGCUGCAGCUGGUCACCGCUCUGAAACACUGUGAGAGCCGUGGAGUCCUGCACCGGGACGUCAAGCCCGAGAACCUGCUGAUCUCCACAGAGUCCCAUGACAUCAAGCUGCUGGACUUCGGCUGUGGAGAUCUGCUGAAAGACUCGGCUUACAAAUACUUUGCAGGCACUCUUGAAUACGCCCCUCCUGAGUGGUUUCGGCAGCACCGCUAUCAUGCAGGACCGGCUACGGUUUGGUCAGUGGGGGUGACGCUCUACAACAUCUUAUGCAGCUGUUUCCCCUUCAGAGGCGCACGGCGGGUCACCUCCAAAAGUAGACUGCACUUCCCUAGAGAGCUGUCUACAGGCAAGACACAGAAAUCACACCUAGAUCCAGGUGAAGUGUGUUGUUUUGUGUUUCUUAAGACUGUGUUGUGUGUAACAGAGUGCCGUCAGCUGAUUCGCUGGUGUCUCAGUGCAUCGGCAUCAGAUCGGCCCAGUUUAGGCGACAUUGAGAGCCACCCCUGGUUACACACUGAACAGGUGGCCAGUGACACACACUUACCUGAAUCACAGCAGUCAUGGCUGGAUUGUAUUGUUAGGAUCAGACUAGAUAAAUGCUUUUGAUUAUUUGUGUAGGGUGAGCAGGAGUGACACAGGAAGU